AUGUCGUCCGCUGCACCCGCUGCUUGGAGACAGGCCUCCCGCGUCUAUUCUAGGCGUCUGGCUUCCCAGGGCACUUGGGCUGUGCCUCGCCGAGUGCUCGCCACCGGUGUCCGCGGAGGUCGGUCCUAUGUCACCGAGACCAAGUCCAGUAACGCCCAGGUCAACGUGGAGACCGCGAUCAAGGAGGAACAAAAGUCGUUUAUGAAGAAGGCCGGUGUCGCGCCUGGAAGUGUUGAGUUGCCCGGCUCCAAGGCCUCUGGCGAUGCCGCCAUGAGUCCUUCCGCCGGUAUCCUCAAGCAGGCUACUGUUAUGGACCAGGGCACUCGCCCCAUCUACCUCGAUAUGCAGGCGACCACUCCGUUGGACCCCCGUGUCCUGGACGCCAUGCUUCCCUACCUCACCGGAAUCUACGGAAACCCUCACUCGCGCACACACGCCUACGGGUGGGAGACGGAGAAGGCCGUCGAACAGGCCCGCGAGCACAUCGCCAACCUGAUUGGAGCCGACCCUAAGGAAAUCAUUUUCACCAGCGGUGCGACAGAGUCCAACAACAUGAGUUUGAAGGGCGUGGCUCGGUUCUUCGGCCGCUCGGGAAAGAAGAAGCACAUUAUCACUACCCAGACCGAGCACAAGUGUGUGCUGGACAGCUGUCGCCACCUUCAGGAUGAGGGCUUUGAGGUGACUUACUUGCCCGUGCAGAAUAACGGUCUGGUUCGCAUGUCGGAGCUCGAGGCUGCUAUGCGCCCAGAUACCGCCAUCGUCAGUAUCAUGGCCGUGAACAACGAGAUCGGUGUCAUCCAGCCCAUGGAGGAGAUUGGCAAGCUGUGUCGGUCCAAGAAAAUCUUCUUCCACACCGACGGUGCCCAGGCCGUUGGCAAAAUUCCUCUGGAUGUUAACAAGCUCAACAUUGACUUGAUGUCCAUUUCCAGCCACAAGAUCUACGGUCCCAAGGGUAUUGGAGCUUGUUUCGUCCGCCGUCGCCCUCGUGUCCGUCUGGAUCCCAUCAUCUCUGGUGGUGGUCAGGAACGUGGCCUGCGCAGUGGAACCAUUGCUCCCCACCUGGUUGUUGGAUUCGGCGAAGCUUGCCGUAUCGCCGCCCAAGAUAUGGAGUAUGACACACAGCACAUCGAGCGUCUGUCGAAGCGUCUAUCUUCGGCUUUGCUUGGCAUGGAGCACACCACCCUGAACGGUGACCCCACGGCCCACUACCCGGGCUGCGUGAACAUUUCCUUCGCCUACGUUGAAGGAGAGUCCCUUCUGAUGGCUCUGAACGACAUUGCUCUGUCAUCAGGCAGUGCAUGCACUUCCGCCUCGCUGGAGCCCAGCUACGUCCUUCGCGCCCUGGGCAGCAGUGACGAGAGUGCUCACAGCAGUAUUCGUUUCGGUAUCGGUCGUUUCACCAGUGAUUCCGAAAUUGAUUACGUCCUCAAGGCUGUUCAGGAUCGCGUGCACUUCCUGCGUGAGCUGAGCCCGCUUUGGGAGUUGGUGCAGGAGGGCAUUGAUCUUAACACGAUCGAGUGGAGCCAGCACUGA